UUCAGUGCUGAAGAGGCGGAGGAGCGCGCGGUGCGGGUCUGACAGAACUUCACUGAUCCAAACACCAGCAGUUAGUCGGGUCUCCUGAAACAGCCAGCCGGAGGCAGGAGGCAGGAGGCAGGUGUUUGACCGGUUCCCCUCCUCUGCAGCCGAGAUGUGUGAGUAGAAGAACCCGUCAGAGUCAGCUGGUCCUCAGCAGCAACAGCAUGGACAGGAUCGGGGUCUCGUUCCUGGACCCCCUGGAGGACUUUGAGUUGAUUCACCGGAUUGGGUGCGGCACCUACGGGGACGUGUUCAAGGCUCGCAACAUCAAGACAUCUGAACUGGCAGCAAUCAAGAUCGUCCGGUUGGACCCUGGUGAUGACAUCACAUCCAUCCAGCAGGAGAUCACCAUGAUGAAGGAGUGCAAACAUAAAAACAUCGUGGCCUACUUCGGGAGCUACCACAGGAACACCAAGCUCUGGAUCUGCAUGGAGUACUGUGGUGGAGGUUCUCUGCAGGACAUGUACCAAGUGACAGGUCCAUUGAAGGAGAAACAGAUAGCCUUUGUGUGCAGGGAAACUCUUCAGGGUUUAUAUCACUUGCAUGAAAAUGGCAAAAUGCACCGAGACAUAAAGGGAGCCAACAUCCUUUUAACAGACAGAGGAGACGUCAAACUGGCUGAUUUUGGAGUUGCAGCUGAGAUCAGUGCCUCCGUGGCCAAAAGAAAGUCUUUUAUUGGGACUCCUUACUGGAUGGCUCCUGAGGUGGCUGCAGUGGAAAAGAAGGGUGGGUACAACCACCUGUGUGAUAUCUGGGCCGUCGGCAUCACUGCCAUUGAGCUGGCCGAGCUCCAGCCGCCCAUGUUUGACCUCCACCCUAUGAGAGCCUUGAUGCUGAUGUCCAAGAGCAGUUUCCAGCCUCCCAAACUGAAGGAUAAAACUAAGUGGUCUACAAGUUUUCACAGCUUUGUGAAGAUGGCUCUAAUUAAAAACCCUCGAAAAAGACCCUCAGCUGAGACACUGCUGCAGCAUCCGUUUGUGACCCAGCUGCUGACCCGGAACCUGAUCAUCGAGCUGCUGGACAUGGCCAACAACCCCGAGCUGCAUGCCUCCUUCACACACAUCGAUGACAGCGAGCUGGAGGUGGAGGAAAUGAGUCCAGACAAGAUUCAAUCAGCAGGAAAACAUCUGUCUGUAGAGAGGACCCUGUCUGAAGAACAAUUCGACCAGGUGAAGUUUAAACCUCCAGUGAGGAAAGUCACAGAGCCCUAUCCUGAUCUGAGCKCCUAUGAUGACGACUGGAGUCUGUCAGGAGAUGAGGAAAACUCCCCGAGCCUGUUGGAAUGUGUGGAACAAGCUCUGGAGAUGAGCAAUUUGACAAUUAGGAGGGGACCGUCUGCUGAUGGAGGUAGGAGGAGCGGUCUCUUCAGUCCUACAGCCUCCUUACCAGCCUUCAGCCUUUUAACUUGCCACACAGAGGACCGAGACCUGACCCUGAGACCGAGCUGCACCCUGGGCCCGGACACCGCCAUCCCAGCUGAGUCCAGCUCUACUACAGCCUUGGCCCGGUGUUCUGCUACACAAGACAUCAGUCAGCGCUGCAACGAGCCACGCUUGUCACAAGACCACACUGUUCCAGCAGACAGGACCUCCGUUUCCUCCUCAAAAACUGAGCCUCAUCUGUCCCUGGAGUGGACCACGUUGAGGAAAAAACCGGAGGACUCGAAAGCUGGUUUUCAUGGACUGCCUCCCACUCCUCAAGUCCAUAUGGGAGCCUGUUUCUCUAAAGUCUUUAAUGGCUGCCCUCUAACAAUCCACUGUGCUGUCACCUGGAUUUUACCCAAAACAAGAGAUCAGUAUCUUCUUCUUGGAGCAGAUGAGGGCAUCUACAGUCUGAACCUGAAUGAGCUUCAUGAAGACACACUGGAGAAGCUGUUACCUCAGAGGUGUACCUGGCUUUACGUCAUGAACAACAUGCUGAUGUCUGUCUCAGGCAAGUCGUCCCAGCUGUACUCCCACAGCCUGACAGCUCUGUUCGAACAGAGAGGACAUCUGCACAAGAAGCACGGCAGCCUGUCUCUGAGCACCAGCCGCUUCACUGAGAAAAUCAUCCACAGGAAGUUCGCCAUGUCUGUGAAGAUCCCUGACACUAAAGGCUGUAGGAGAUGCAGCGUAGCACAUAGCAGUCAGGUUACCAGACACACUGCCAGUGUUUGAGCUGCUGGUGCUUGCAACAGAUGAGUUUCCUCAGCUGUGUGUGGGAGUGAGWGAAAGUCGUCAUGGAAACACCACAACCAGCCAGCAGCUGAAGUUUGACAUAAUAGAGCUGAACGGCGCACCUGUAUCAGUAGCAGAUAACGGAGUUCUCAGAGCUGUACAGGUAACACAGCUGGACAGAGAUACAAUACUCAUUGGUGUAGAAAAAACUAUUAAGAUUGUGGAUCUGCAAGGUUCUCCAUCCAAAGAGCUAGCGCCUGAGUUGGUCUUUGACUUCCCAAUCGAAACAUUAGUCUGCCUACAGGACAGUGUUCUGGCUUUCUGGAAGCACGGCCUGAAGGGGAGAAGUUUCCAUUCAAAUGAGGUGACACAAGAAAUCACAGAUGAGAGUCGAGUGUUCAGAGUUUUGGGAAUAAACAGAGACAUCAUUCUUCARAGUACACCCACCGAUGACCCAUCAGCUCUGAGCAACCUGUACAUCCUGACUGGACACGAGAGCAGCUACUGAAGCAGGACGCGUUUCACACAUGGUUGUGUAGCCUCCAUGGCAGGGAGAUGACKACAACCUGAGAGAAACAACGCCUUCCCCUGAUGUUGCAGCAGACACUUAUGGCAGCUGAUGACAACUGUUUCUGAUGACAGUGUAAAGGAACCACUUUCUUUGGACUGGAAGAAACCUACAGCACUACCUGCAUCAGGAUGAGCAUCCAUCUGCUUCACCGUCUGGGGACAGAGAGGACAGGAAAGAAAUGCAGAAUGAUCUAGGUGUAGUUUCUACAGGAAACAGAACAAGAAGACACAAAGCUAAUGACAGCACAAACUGCACAAACAUAUAGAGGAGAGAGACUAAAGACAACAGCAGAGUGAGGAAAUGUGCUCAGUUUGUGCUCCAGCAGUCUAAGUC